CAAACAUUGUUGUCAAACACUUUAAGAAAUGAGGAUAUUCGUUGCUGCAAUCUGAGGAUUUUUCAUGAAAAGCUCAAAUAGUGCACUAUUAGUUCAAACAAAACCUACCUCUUUUUGAUGGCUCUACACACACAUGCAAGAAUGUCCCGAGGGUGUAGUACACGAAGAUAGCUUUAAGGAAAUAUAUUCCAAAUUUUUCCCUCAUGGAAAUUCUAGUUUAUAUGCACACUACGUGUUCAAAGCCUUUGACGUGAACUGCAACGGGGCAAUUAGUUUCAGGGAUUUGCUGAUAACGUUGUCGACGUUAUUGCGAGGCUCGGUAUACGAGAGGUUGAGGUGGACCUUUAAGCUGUAUGAUGUGAAUGGGGACGGCUGCAUCAGUCGAGGAGAAUUAUCAGAGAUAGUCAUAGCUGUACAUGAGCUGAUGGGAAGAAGAGCGCACCAGGUGGAAGAUGACCGCAAGGCGCGUGAGCAGAUCGACCGUGUCUUCCGAAAGCUGGACUUGAACCAAGAUGGCGUCAUUACCAUAGAGGAGUUCAUGGAGUCCUGCUUGAAGGAUGAUGCCAUCACUAGGUCCCUGCAGAUGUUUGAUGCUGUACUGUGAUAGUAAAUUAUUAUAUUGUGGUGGAACAAUCAAUGUGCGUGCAAUGUGAUUUCGUGAUAUAAUGAGUGGAGAUCAUCGUAUAAGCACUGUUAAGCUAAGAACAUUAUGAUGAACUCGAAAGUAGGGUGUGUAAGUAGAAAAAGACUCUGAUCAAAAUGUCUGGGAGGGGGAAGGUGUAUAGAGUGCCAAUUUUGUGGAAAAGCUGAAUUUAUAUUUCUCUUGCUUUGGCGGUUUUACAAAAAGUUAUGGAGAAAUUGCUUUUGACUACCGUUGGGCAUUUGUCAAUCAGAUUAUUUUGUAAAGCCAUCAAUUUGCGGUUAUUUUACUUAUUUAUAGAAACACCAUUUAUGUGUUUAUACUGAGGAAAAGUGAAUGAAAAAAAUAAUACCAAACUUAUUCAGAUAUGAAUACAGAGUUUUAAACUACACCGUUUUAUUGAGAUACCAGCACACGAAUGAGGUUGACUUAAAAAUCCUAUUUUUCAAACGUGUUCACCCAUCCUCGAUUUCAACGCUCUCCUUAACCAAAUAUUGUUGAUAUGUACGACGUCUGUAAAUCAAGUAAUGAGACUGGCACAGUAGCGUUCGGUCUAGCAACACUGGAGCGGCCGGGCUUAGAGGAGAAACAGGGGACAUGUGAUCCGCCUUCAGUACAAGUUUGAACUCGCUCGAAUCAUUUAGUUGUCCGUAGCGAUUUUUUUUGUGAAAGUGUUUUUCCUAUUAUGCUAUAAAAAUAAGUAACAUCGAUUUAGAGCAUCGGUGGCUAUCAGACUUGGACACAGUGCAAAGGAAGCUCUUGUUAAACUUCAGCAUGCAUGCGGAGUCAGCGAGUUGUCAAGAGCCCUAGUUUUUCGGUGGCUUAAGGCAUUUUGACACGGGAUAGUUUCGAUAGAAGAUGAACUCUCCGAAGCAAAAACCUUCAUCUUCAUGAACCGGGACCUUGUGCAUUCAGAGCUUCGGUUGACAGAAUGGUCGGGGAAGAGUGACAUUCGAAACACACCACCGUUCAUCAGAUCAAGAACAACUGGGUGUUGCGUCACAAUCAUGCUCCUUGCCAUGUCCAUAACGAGUAUUUGGCCAGUAAAAAGAUUCGUGUGGCGCCUCGGCCUCCUUAUUCGCCUCACUUGAGUCCGUGUGACUUUUUUCUCUUCCUGAAGUUGAAAAAUCAGCAAAACGUUCAAACAGCUGUAACCGGAGAUUCAGCACUGCUAUGAGGAGUGGAAGAACCGUCCCAGCGCUUAUUUUGAGGGUGGUAAAAUAAAAUUGUAAUUAUUUUUGAAUACAAAAUUUUAAACAAUCAUUUUUAUCACUUAAUUUACAGACCUCGUAUAUUGAGAGAUGCUUUGGUGUCUAAAUUACUAGCUUGAUAUGAAGUAUGGACCAAAAUAUGUGGUGAAUACACAUGACUAUUUCAAGAAUCAGUUUGAAGCCAUAAACAUCUAUACAGGCCAGCCGUUGCAGUUUUAUAUUGUUUAUUAUUUACAUAGAAGCAAAGCAUUACAGUUUCAAAAAAUAACAAAAUACAGCCAAACCUGAACCAAACCGAUGCCGGUCGUGUCCUACCCCUUGAUCACGUCCACAGCGCCAGCGUACAGUUAUACGAAUACGAAGUAAAUACAGAUUUUACGACAGAGCCGUACUUGAAACUUCAGUUCAACUUUUCAUUUGUUUUUGUUUACUUGUUCACUCACGUUUCACCACACAUUAGCUUUGUUAGAUCAAGCGUAGUUGUGUCUGAAAAGGAAAACCCCAAUUUUGUAUAGGCUUGACUCCUUCUAAUAUAUUCGAGUUCGUUGGCUGAAGCUGGUGUUCCAGAAAUUUAGAAUGCCUGGAAACGCUGCAAACAAACUGAACCGAUAUACAUUUUCUUAGAAAAUAAACCAAAGUCAUUCAAUCAAUUCAUUUGAAACCGAAAGUUUGUCGGUUUUUUGACAUGUCGUAGGUUUUUUGUGACAUAACGACGAUUUUUCUACAAGAUGUUACUUAGCAUGAAGUGUUGUACACUUGUUGUGCACUCGUUUUGUAGUUGUACGUGUUGCUUAACGUCAGCGAUCAGCGAUCCUAGUGAGCACACUAAAGACUAUCUAGUGUGCAAGCUGACAUUUCGUCGGUUUUUUUACGUUUUUUAGGUUUUUUACAUAAUACCCCUACGGAUCAGCUAUUUUUAGGGAUAACAAAUUUCAAAAAAAGUAUCUCCUUUUUGUAUAAUUUGAAGUCGCAACUUACUUUUGGUAUAAUCAUGAUACUUUUAUUGGAAAUGGUAUUAUGUAUAUUGCGACAUGAAGCAUUGUCCCAGAUACAUGCAACAGUUACAAUUAAUAAUGAAUGCGAUGUAGCUGAUAAAUAAACCAUAGUACGUGCGCCCAAAAUCGAUACGGUAUAACGUGUUGCUCUGAAUUGUUAAUAGUUCUGGCAGUUAUAUUUGAUAAAUGCUUAUUUUGGCUAUUAGCAAUCACAGGAUUUACGGGUUUUAAAAAAAUUAUGCAAGAUUUGAAUUAAAUAGGAAACAGAGUUUGCCAUUACUUUAUAUUGUUAUUUUCUUAUUGAAUCACCAAGCACACUGGAUAGGGUUAUAUAAAGUGUUCGGAACGUAAAUACCAUCUUUUCCGAUUUGGUACACAUUGAACCACAUAUAUCUUAGUACAAGUUCGACCCGCUUUUGAGUUACAUGCAAUUUUGUGAAAUCCACGAGAAAAGCCAAAAUCAAGCGAUAAGCCAUCGUUUGUUCAAUAACGAGGAACAACUCUUUUGUUUUCUUAUUUUUAUCAUUUAUCUUAAUAGUCUCUCUAUAAAAAUAGUUUCCAAGUUUUCAAAAUAUGGCGAACACGUUAUAAAAAAUAAUUUUAAUGGUUAGAUUUUCCAGCGCUUCAAGACUUUUCGAAAGAAUUUAUGGGAAAACCAUUAAAAAAAACUUCUUCCACUCCUGCUCUUUCAUAUGGUAUGUCACUUGAAGUGAUGUAGCCAAAUUUUCCCCAAUGACCCCAAAUACCUAAUAUAAAUUCAAAACGAAAAACAUAAAAUCCAAUGUUCGUGAAACAAAGCACUUGAAGUUGUCAAAAUUAUCCAUUCAUUCGAUAACAUUUAAUUUGAAAUAUGAUGACAACGUGGAUGAUUAAGAUGUUGUUUCUUGGACUUGUAUUGUCUAUAUGGUAUUCCUGUUGCAGUAGUCACUUUACUAAGAGUCAUUCGGCCAGGCCACAGUAGUCUCAAGCCUAGUUCAUAUAGACACGAAUCGCCAAUUGCGAAUGCGAAUUGGGUUGCCAUUCAUGAAGACGCGAAUUUAGCAAUAAUUUUAGAAACAUUCACUUUUAUUUUUCGGUGGCAUACUGGGAUGUUGCUAACAAUAGUUGUAGUAGGCUUGUUUGCUCGUUCUGUUAUUUCUGGGGAUAUUCUUAUUAAUUUGUGACAGUUUAUUUUAUAAUGGAUGAAACACGCAAUUUAUUUCUUUGGCGUUGAAGACCAGCGAUUACUGCGUAGUGACUAAAAAAAGAAAUAACAAAUCACUUCGGGCGAUCGGUAAUUUUAAAGUAUACAAGACAGCAAGGGGCAUUCCACAGUUUAGUCCAAGAAAUGAGAAUGCAAGAUGAAAUGAAGAAAUAUUGAAAUAAUUAAAACUACAAGACGAUAAAUGCAGAAAACUCUUACAGAAACAGAAAAAGAUAGUAGCGUCAUUUCAAGCCAAGUAAAAUGAAGUAUACAAACCAAACAAUUAUGGAUUGCGCUUACGCAGCCAAAAAUCGCAAGAAAUUCAGAUUAAUUUUUUCGAUUCGGAAGGAAGUUAAACUAUAAAAGCGGUCACUAGUCACUUCACUGAAUUGAUCACUUUGAGUAUUAUUUGUUUUAUUCGCAAUCGCGAUUCGCGUCUAUGUGUAGUAAGAUUUACGGGAACAUACGAUUAGCGGCUAGAGCGUCUCAUUCUCAUUCAAGCGUGAUCCCAUGAUGCCAGUAGGCGUUGCCGUCAAGCACCUUGUUCCCGUCGUGCUCAAGUGACGCUUUUUCACGGUAUUUGGUAACAGUCGUGAUUCGUGAAAAUUAUCAAUUACUAAAUGACAGUUCGUGAAAUAUCUGCCACAAUAUUCCUUGUCUAUAGCUACUUCUGGUAUUUCGAGUACAGAGCCUAUCCUUGUCGAUGAGAUACACGGUAUAUAAGUACUAAUAAUAGACGAGUUGACACUUUUUUCAAAUAGUUCUAAAUAUUUAAUAUUUGUUUUAUUAGACAAAAAAAUUAUCCCUAUAUUUUUUUUCAGACCCCGUAAAACUGUUAUUUUUCUUUGACAUGCGAAAACGCCGCCCGCCAAAUUAAUGUGUUCUGACGCCAUACCAUUUGUAAUAGCAGCAAUCCUCUCAACAUCUCAAACUGUUCAGCAUAUAAACAUUAUUUCAACUAAUUUACAUGAAAAAUAAUGUAAUUAUCGUUAUUGUAUCAUCUGAGAAUGUAAAAACACAUCGAUGAAGACCCCAGGAAAGCCGUGGAUUAGAGGGCCCAGGGAAAUAAAUAUACGCAACACUUGUAUUGCUUGGAGCAUACCUUAUGUUCCGGACAUACAAAGGGUACUAUAAAAGUUUUGCCAUAUGCCAACAAACAAACGCAGGAGGCUGCAUGUUACUGCAUGUUCAGACAUGACCAUGAGAGCUAGCAGCACGUCUGGACAGUUUUACGGUAUAAAUUUACGCAUGGUUCAAGCAUAGACCAGUGCUUAGAAAUAACGCUUGCAUUAAAAAAAUAUUGUUCUCAUCGUACGACUAUACUCAGGUGGUACAGAGACCUCCAAAGGGGCAAUUUCACUCUGGAGGACGCUGAGAUGAAAGGAAAGCCGCGUACGUCAUUCACAGAGGAAAACAUUACUGCUGUGAGAAAAAUGCUUAACGGAGACCGGAUAGUGGCAUACCAACAGAUAGAGAAGACCUUAUACCUUCAUGCACUAACAAUUCAUUCAAUUUUGCAUGACCAUUUACACGUAAGCAAACUUUGUUCUCCCUGGGUGCCGCAUAGUCUGACGGAAGAGCAGAGGACUCAUCACCGAAAGAUGCUAAAAAUCUUUAAUAAGGGGUUAUCUCGGUAUGUGAACAGCAUCGAGACAGGUGGCGAGACUUGACUCUAUUAUUACGAUGUGCCGGCCAAGGCUCAAAACAAAGUUUGGGGAGGACACACCUGUAGCUGUCAGAAAAUGCCGACACACAGAAGACAGUCACAGCUAAGUGGUACACGGAACAGUGUCUGCCUAAAGUCAUAGAGUCUAUGAAAAACAUGCGGCCAAAGUCAAGAAUGGACACUUGGUACCUCCACCAUGACAACGGACCAGCUCUCCGCGUCAAAGCCUGCACCGAGUAUUUGACAACUACUGGACUGAAACUUAUAGAGCACCUUCCUUACUGUCCAGGACUUGCUCCCUGCGACUUUGCACUGUUUCCGCAUGUGAAAAUGAAGCUAAAAGGAUAACUGUUUUCUAGCGAUGACGACCUUCUGAGGGCUUGAGACAACGAAUGUACCGCACUCCCGGGUGAAACUUGCCAGAGCUGGUUUAAAAACUGGUUUUUUCGGAUGAAUGUGGUGGAAAUUACUUUGAACGAAGUCAAUAAAUAAAGCUGUAUUGCAAAACUUUUAUCGUACCCUUUGUAUUUUAUUGUGCAUAUCGUCUCGUUUACGUUGGACGUAACAUACGACAUCAUCAACGAAAUUAUUCGGAGGAUAUGACGCAUGAGCAUAGUUUUGAAUGACUUUUGAAAAGAAAAAUUAUGUAAGUGUUCUACUUUUUCUUUCUUUUCAUAUCUAACAUUAUAUCAGAUGUACUGUACUUACAUAGAAGUAUUGUUGUUCUUCAGCUCAGUAGAUCAGAAAUCUAGGUUGAAGGCAAAAAAAUACCAACCACCAACAUGUCAAUGGCAAAUGUGUGCUUUGUGAUUUUACGAAUCCAACGUCUAUGAUUGUUCAAACGAGAAAACGAAAACUUUUUACGUUGAUUAGGAGUGUUUUAAAGGUAUUCAAAGAACACAACUUUAGUCUAGGAGUGACUUACGGAUGACGCUUCUUUGUUUACAAUUUGUAAGACGUCAUCAAGAUCGAUAGUGUUUUCAUAAUUUCGUAUGAAAACUUAAAAAUUUGUUUCUUUAUGUUGGACCUAUAUAUGCAUCUUGCACUUUUAAAAAUUGAAAUCAAUAUAUUUCGUUUUCCUAAGGCUGUACUGUAAGAAAUACUCAUUUAUUCUAUGAAAUUAGGUAUGAGUCAAGUUGACUAUUACCAUCGCAGAUUGUCAUUCACGCAGCAGAUAAAGGAUACGCGCUAUUAUGUGUGCAAGUGUAUGCCAGUAUUGGAAUAUUGCGGUCAUAUUAGUGCUAUUCGUUGCCGCAACAGAGGCUAUUUCUGGAUUACCUAAUGUGCGGUUCUGAAAUGCCAUUUCAACUUGUAGGCUUAACGUAACUGAAAGUUCUCGGUUACAAUACAGUUCAAGAUCCCAUUUACAACGAAAUAUCCAUCUAGUUUAACAGAUGCAAAGCUGGAUUACAUAUAAGACCUUGGACGGGGACGUUCAUACAUUUAAAACGUCUCCAUCCGUCAAAUGGAAGGUUGUUGUUAGAAUUAUAUCCAACAACAUAUCUUUAGAUACCACUACCCGAGGUCAGUGAUUAUCGAUGUGUAUAUUUUGAUUAAGCGUACCCUGUAGAGAUGCAAAUUAGUAGUAGUCGAUUUUUUCAGUGAUUCGCAUAUUCUAGCUUUAUUUUGUCUGCAACAAUAAUAAAGUAUUGAAUGCGUAAUAUUACUUAUGACAGAAGAAGCAGCAGCUUUUAAUGAUUUAAUCCAUGAAUCUGGUUGGUCUUUAGACAAAGGAUUGUGUUUUUUCCACUAUUUUGGCGAUUAGCAGGAAUUCCAAACAAUGAGCAUAUUAUUGUUUCCCCUCGUUAAAUAAUUCUUAACCGCACAAAGGGAAGCUUUGCAACAGUUCUUCGCAAAUGAAUAACAGUAACACUUUUCCAUAGAUUUCCGAAUACUGACACCAAGGAUUUACAAGAAAUAAGCAAUAAUAGCAAUAAUUGAGUUAAAUUUACAAUGGCAAUCCAUUUGUUGGCGCUCAUAUGGCGUAUCUGUCUAAGCACAGCGUUUCCAAAUCAAACACAAAAAUUCCUCAGAAUUGUUGCUUUUCUAAAAAACCUCCCCUAAGUCCCUCAAAUUUGGGGGAAAAUCCCCCAACAUGGCGACCCUGUCAAAUCACCACUGGUACUCCAGGCGUAAAGUUUCGGGAUCGUUUUUCCAGCACGAACAGCGUUACCGUCGCUUUUCCUGGUAUUUAUUUUCCAUGAUUUCGUUAUCUAGUUCUGCGAACUGUCGAAGCUAUUUCAAUCCUACUACGAUACGGCAUAAAACCGCUGUACUGAACUGAUGUGGUAAUUGAAACACUGCUAGAAACGUCUGUUAUAUAUAUAAUUGGGAAAUUGACAAAUUUUUUUAGGCUUAAGUUGACUCUUUUGACGAUACAGUCAAGCUUUCGGCAUUCUCUAUGGCGCCUUAAUCAGGAUUCUGAAAACACAAUUGUGAUGCUAGCAAAGAAAACAGGACAGAUUUAAAUUGUCAAACAACUUACUCGUCGUUGAGGUUGCAGCCACAAGGUGUUUCAAAACGAACGUAGAGAAGAUAGAACUCGUAAUAAGUAUAAAAACAAAAAGACGGAGACAUUGGGCUUGUUGAUAACGACAGAUACCUUCGUUACAUGUUAAGAAUAUCAAUACACCCGAACAUAUUAAAAAUUAUUAGACGUGAGAAGACAAUUUAGUGAAACAAUCGGAAUGCAGUCUCUAACCUCCUACUUCCGCUACACGUGGGGAGGGGGACGGCACGGAAAGAUAAUGCGUCGACAGAUGACAAGUGAUUGACGCGACGGACCGUGGAACUGUAAACCUCAUGGUCCAAUCUCUCACCUUCCAAUCUCAAAAAGUAUGUGUAGAUGCUACUUAAAUUGCUGAUAUCUCACUUUGUGUUGAGAAAUAAAUAAAUUUUAUGUUCAAAUACAAGUUGAAAUGAUUCAGGAACGUUUGAAAUAAUCCUUUUUAGUAAACAGAAUCGUUUUACCAAGUUGUGCAUCCUUAUUCAUGCAACUUAUUUAAGAGCAAUUUAGACUCAACCGUUCUGGAGUGGACGUAUAUACGUAGCAGUGUCAAUGUUAGUUAUCUCUCGAAUAGCCCAAUGUCCUGAUGAACGCUGACGAACUGACGAACUCACGUAUAUCUAGAAAAAUUGAUAUAAUAAAUUGCGGAGUCUUUAUGUCCAACAAAAACCAAUAUCCGUAAAAGGUUUAUAAUAUUUAUGUCAGUCCAAGUAAAAUCAAUGUCAGAACUGCCUCAAAAUGAUUCAAGUGUUGUUAACUUCUUAGUACGAAUUUCAUUCAGCUUCUCCCUUACCAUAUGAUAAAAAUGAUGUAUUUUGUCGAUUCCUGAUGUUUAAGAUACUUCAGACACAGCUCUUAUGAAACAGAAGAAGCUUAUUUGUAAAUAAACCGGUUUAUCUAGAUUUCCUCACAUUGUAUAAUAUUCAUAGGAUAUGUACAAGGUAUGAUUUGUUUUCGUUUAGUUUUUGAAGGAAUAUACGUUGCUGGCAAAGCAAUGAGCGAUAUAUGGCUAAAUCGCGUGUGCACGUAUAUUUUCAAACAAUUUUGUAUCAGGAAAAAAAUAUUCCUGCCGGAGCAAGUCAUUUUCUUUAUUAUUUUAAUAGCAGUUAUACAUUUUCAGCAAGUAACAUUGUAGAUCCAUUUAUAGAUGUUGGGCAAUUAAUUCAAAUGGGAGUAUGGAUCAGGGGUCCCGAACUAAAAAUAGAUGGAAUUAAAAGGUACACAAGUGCCAUCUGCAGCCAGAAUCGGACACUGAGACGGUGCCAUUAUCACCACAUCUCUGAUAGAGAUAACUAUUUUGCUUUCAUUCGUUAUCCGAUUAUUUAUUUUGUUCCCUUCAAAGUAAUCCCCAUCAGACAUUAUAAACUUGUGAUAAAGUUUUUUCCAGUCCUCGAAGCAUUUUGAAAAAUUAUUUUUUGUGAUCUUGUUCAGCUCCAUUUUUGUUCUUCCACAAAUCCGGGUGUUUCUGGCGGCUUGCUUCUCGCAAAUUGCGCAUUACUUAAAGGUAAUAUUCCUUGUUCACCGUUCUACCCUGCGGCAAGAACUCAUCAAUGAUUGCAUCUGUUGUUGACGUUCCUAGGCGUCCGGAACGCUUUUCGUCGCUCACAUCUUCUCGGCCCUCUGAGAACAUUUUGUAUCACCGAUAAACGUUGCUUUUGUCCAAAGUAGCUUUGCCGUAUGCAACAGUCAACAUUUUUUGGAAUAGACAAAAAUCGGAGACAAGCUAAAACACGUCCACGCACAAUAGCUGUCAAAAACUGACUGAACAUUCAAAAUGGCCUAUGUUGUCAGUCAAAAUUAGUCGAUCGAAAAUCGAACAUACGUAGCCCUCGAAAAUUCAAAAUUUGCGAUAGUUUUUGAGUAAACCUCGUAUAUCGUACAAAACAGGUUGAAACGACACCGUAUACGAUUGUAGUGGAGGGUCAUUAGACGUAAAAGCACAAAAACCUCGGAAUGACAUGCGUUAAACAUACCGUAUAUUAAAAAGUUCAUAUAGUAAUUUUUGAUUUUCAGAUUAUUUGUUCUUUUUAAUCUUCCCUUCUUGUAUACACCAUAAAGGCCGUCUGUCACUAUACAAAAUUUUGUCAACAAUUUGUUACCGCAUUUCGUAAUUAAUUCGUUACUGAAUUUAGUUCCCAAUUUGUAUAGGUACAAUUUGAAAUCCUGUCUGACACGUAAAGAAAUUUUUUACUGAAUUUCGUUUGGAAUCAUGCGCAGUAGGCAGAAAAAUAACAAUAACUGUCAACUUCUAACUGCCAUUUAUCACGUCAAAUUCAUUUUAACCACACUUUCCUUUGCGGUUGCUACUUUACUCCUUUCUCUUUAAACGAAUAGAAAAUUGUAUAAAAUGGAGCGAUCCCGUAAUUCGCAUAAUAUUAUAUGCGACUGAUACAACAGCGAUCUGCGUUAUAGCUGCCCAUCUCAUGAGAAAACGAAGUAAAUGGAACCGUAAAAGAAUUUGGUCCCGAAAAUGGAUCAGAGAGGGGGACCAGGGCAUGUGUGAGCACUGUGAGCUCCAUAUGCUGAAUAGAGAACUUCUAGUGCAGGAUCUACUGGCUUUAAGCCUAAUUGAUUUUUAAGUCGUUCUGAUUUUAUCCAACGCAGCUUAUUUGGCUUUUUUGAUUUUAUAGGCCUUGGUUUUUACAUCAUAAAAACAGUCAUAUUUCUCAUACUCGUUUAGUAAUACGAAUAUGUCACACUGCUCUUUUGAUCAUGACAUCUUUCAAGUUUUUAAUCUAUAGGUAGAACAGCAUAUGCAGGGGAGUUUCACGAAACUGAUGAACACAACUGAUAAUAUUUAUCCAUUUUAAAUCAGUUACAUUUCUUGCCUACCAUAAUACUUACUAAUAGAGUAUUAAUGGCCAAGGUUUACAACACUUGUAAGUCUUGACCGGGAAAUUAAUUAAUUUUACUUAGAAGUAAAACCUAUUUUAAUAAGCUUAAAAACAAUGAAGGAUAAAAAAGUGCACAAAAAUAAUAUACGAAAAUAUACAGUAUCUCAAACGCAUUUCACUAAAAAUCUGAAACUUAUUUUUUUUAUACUGAAGCAGCUAACCUAGGCAGACAUCUAAAUACCGGGGUACUCAGUCUGUUAUAAGGAUGUACACUCCACUUUUAGGUGAGCAAAUGAAAGCAGUUUUACUUACCUUUGUCUACAAUAUCAACUGAACAAAAAUCCAUUACAUCUAAUCUUAUGUCUUAACAGAUCUUUCUUGAAUUUCUCUACUUCUUGGCGAUCACGUUAGAGAUAUUUUCACUAGACAAAUCUAGAAGUAAUACAAAAGGUAUUCUCAUAGAGCCUAGCACUAUUCAAAAGAGUAUGACUUGCUUCAAAAGGUUUCCAGAUCUAUUUUUGUAAAAAGUUCUAUACGCAUUACAUUUUUAGAUGGUUUUACUUGAAUAUGUAAAUAGAAUUUGAAAUACCUAUGUGACGUUAGACAAUGUACAGAAUUACGUCAAAGCUUUACUCUCAAUGAUCUACUAGACAAUUUUUAGUUUUCAAGUGAUGUUAUUGUUCUUAUUUUAGUUAAACUGUAAAGGUAUAUUCACAUGGAAGGUGAAAUCUGAAGUGCGGCAUAAACAAUGUCCAAUUUCGCCAUUUUAUGAGUAAAAAAGAUAUUUUACCCUUUAUCUAAAAGUUGUUACCAUUUAUAGGAGGAAUGAGACACCAGACAUCCCAAAUCUACCUAGAUGUCGUAAUUUAUUCUUUAGAAAUAAAUGUACAACCAUAAAAAUGUAGAUUUUGUAGCACUAGUAGAAUAUUACAAAUCUUCAAAAAUCAGCGAUUCGAUUCACCCAACAUGUGAUGACCUGAUGAAUACAUCUUUGUUGUGACACGUUUCCUAAAAGGAAUGAAAACUUCAUUAUUAUAACAAUAGUGUAGGAUUUAUAUAUACUUUUUUUGCAUUUUGCAACAACUGUGUAGUAAAUAAAAUAUUUGGAAAGCUGACUAUAGCCAAUCUUCUUGUACCUAAGUCUUAGGUGUUUUAAGUUGUUGUGUAUUAUGGACGUUUUUAUCAAGAGACACAAAGGAUAAAGUUAGACCGUUUAUCAAUUUGAUUAAUUUUUAAUUUCGAUGAAAAAUUGAACAUAAGGCUCUUCGGUGUUGAAAAAAGAAACGUUUGUAUGGAAUUAGAGUAAUCUCCUUGUUCUUCCUAUCGUAUAAAGAGGAUUUCUAGAAUUAUCAUCGAAUUAUAAAGAAUAUUAUUAUAGACCAAUAUAGAGCUACAACUUACCUUUAUAUUCUCCGAGAUAUAUCUACAAAUAACCUUUGUAUUGUCUAAGAUAUACUGAUACUUAUGUUUAACAGUCAGAGGGAAGUACAUACAAAUGAAUUAUCACAUGUUUUUGUAUUUUUAUUUUAAUCAAGAAUUCAUUUGUGAAAUAACACUUCGGUUUAAGUACAGUUUGAAAUAAAGCCCAAAGAGGUGUUGAUAUAUAAAACAGCCCAAAAGCAAAAGUUAGAAGAGUACAUUGGACACUGUAUUCUACAAAAAAUUUCUAUUACGCCUAAUAAUAAUACCGUCCCUUUUUGCCUUCAUCAAUUUUAUGGACAUUUAAGAGUUUGUGACAAAUACAUUGCCGAGCGCUAGCCUGCGGUGCUUUUGUACCUGCUCAAAAAUAAUCUUGAUGACAGUUGAGAACUCUAAUUUUUAUGGUCGUUUUUACGAAGUCCUAUGAGGGUCAAGAUGUAGCCCUAUAUGUUGUGAAAACAAUUUGUAUAGUGUUGUAGAUAGAAUAUGAUAAAUUAUAUUGAUCGUUUUAAUUUACAGAGAACUUUUAGAGGUGUAUAGGAAAUUUUCUAAUACAUACAUAUAUUCUACUUUGUCCUCAUUACUGUAUAUCUACUUUUCACAUAUUGUGUUGUUAGAGCGAUCUUUUCGUACUUGUGUACUGUUUAUUUUUCAUAUAAAGAUGUGAAUAUUUCCUGUUGAUGAAUAGAUAUGAUUUACGGA